GGCGGGUUCUGCUCGGCACCCACGUUAGUGAGUGACCGCUGAAUGAGCCUCAGUGUUUGACUUGGUUUGACAAGUUUCUCUGCGCGAUCAUGGCGCUCGGGCUGCGGAGCUAGUGGACGCUUCGUGUUUUCGGCCCCUCUCGGCUCCUGGCUCUUGAUGUAGGGAGAGACGCGUUUGCCUGAUUUUUCUUUUUUUCGUUGCCUCCCCAUCAUCUGAGCGAUACAGACCGCGCGGUCACAGUACCACCGUGGGAAGACCGCACACAGCAGCGAAGAUGGACAGCCUGUCCUUUGACGAUCCCUCGCUGGAUAACCUGGAUCCGACGCUGACGCUACACGAUCCCAGCGAAAUUGACACGGCCCUGUUGAGCGACAUUGAUGAUAUGCUACAGCUCAUCAACAACCAGGACAUGGAGUUUGGAGGACUCUUUGAUACACCAUACACAGGGCCCCCACCCACUCAAGAGCUUCCUGGUCUGACCCAGCCCAUCACACCAGCUGCCCCUCCAACCACCACCACCACACCUCCAUCUUCCUCCUCCAUCCUAAGCAGCAACCCCCACCUGGAUGCACUUCUGGGCCCUCCCAUCACCCGUAGCUCCUCCACCCCAGACAAGGCCUUCCAGCCUCCCACUUUCCAGCAGUCCCCCUUGGCCCAGGUGCCCAACUCCACACCAAGGCAGCAGCCGGCGUCCCCGCAGCCGGCCCAGACCCUCAGACAACCCCAGGUGUCGCUGCCCCAGCCCAUUCUCAGCCCGUCGCAGCCAGCCCAGGCUGCUUCACCUCAUGGCUCACCUGGAACGAGCCCAGUGUUCAGCUCCACGCCCCAGACUCUCUUCAUCUCCCCUGCACCCCAGACUCCCAUGCAGCCCCAGACUCCCAUGCAGCCCCAGACUCCCAUGCAGCCCCAGCCACAGACACAACAUCAGGUCCAGGCUCAGUCUCAACAAGCCCGGAGUAACUUCAGCAGCCCCAACGUCUACACAACUGUCAGCCCCACCAGCAUCAGCAUACCCGCCACCAGUUUGUCAUCCUCGCCUCCAAGCCUCCAGCCGGUGACCAUCCAUGCUCAGCUCCAAGGUCUGACCACCACCGCUUCUCUGCUGGCCACCACGACAAGCCAGCCCACUCAAACCAUCGCACAACACAUUCAGCAAGUACCGGUGUUGCUGCAGCCCCAGUUCAUCAAGGCGGAGUCUCUGCUGCUGACCACCCUGAAACAUGACCCCUGCAUAGUCACGACAAUGGCCUCCCCCACAUCCCUGUCCACCACCAACCCAGUACAGAGCACUUCAAUACAAGCUUUUAUGGGCAGUGGCACCAUCCUGACCACCAUGCCAGUCAUGGUGGAUACUGACAAGCUCCCAAUCAACCGCAUCGCCAUCAGCGGUAAGCCGCUUGGCUUUCCCCACAAGGGGGAGAAGCGCACUGCUCACAACGCCAUCGAGAAGCGCUACCGCUCCUCCAUCAACGACAAAAUUUUGGAGCUCAAAGACCUGGUGGCUGGUACUGAGGCCAAGCUCAACAAGUCUGCAGUGCUGAAGAAAGCCAUCGACUACAUCCGCUACCUGCAGCAGACCAACCAGAAACUCAAACAGGAGAACAUGGCUCUUAAAAUGGCUGCCCAGAAAAACAAGUCUCUCAAAGACCUGGUUGCCAUGGAGGUAGAUGGACAGGCUGAUGUGAAGAACGAGCUGCCGACCCCGCCAGCUUCUGACGUGGGCUCUCCGACAUCUUUCUCACACUGUGGCAGUGACUCAGAGCCCGACAGUCCGAUGGGGGAAGAGACCACGCCAGCUACGGGUGCGGUGGACAGAUCGACAGCCAGCAGCAGUGCUGGUGGAAUGUUAGACCGUUCCCGCAUGGCGCUCUGCACCUUCACCUUUCUUUUCCUGUCUCUCAACCCUCUGGCUGCUCUGCUGUGUUCAUCCGGCAGCAGCUCAGCUGGAAGCGCUGCAGCUGCCACCGCCCAUCACGCAGGCAGGAGCGUUCUGGGUGUGAAUAUUGCAGCGGAAUCAUGGGGCUGGAUGGACUGGAUGCUUCCAACUAUACUUGUGUGGCUUCUGAAUGGUAUUCUGGUGUCGGGAGUUCUGAUCCGUCUGCUGGUGUAUGGAGAACCUGUAACCAGACCCCACUCUGGAUCCUCUGUUUUGUUCUGGAGGCACCGCAAGCAGGCUGACCUGGACCUUGCAAGAGGUGAUUUUGCCCAGGCCAGUCAGAACCUGUGGACGUGUCUAAAGGCUCUCGGUCGCCCCUUACCCAUCUCCCAGUUGGACCUGGCCUGUGCUGCAUUGUGGUCUCUGCUAAGAUUCUGCCUCCAGCGGGUCUGGGUGGGCCGCUGGCUUGCUGCUAGAGCUGGAGGCCUGCGUUCUGACCGCCCCCUGCAGGAGGAUGCUUGCAAAAGCAGCCGUGACGCUGCCCUGGUUUACCACCGUCUGCACCAGCUUCAUAUGACAGGUAAAUUGAAUGGCAGCCACCUAUCAGCAGUGCACAUGGCUUUGAGUGCAGUGAACCUGGCAGAGUGUUCUGGCUCCUGUCUGCCUGUAGCCACUCUGGCUGAGGUCUACGUCUCUGCAGCUCUACGGGUCAAAGCCAGCCUGCCCAGGAUCCUGCAUUUCACCUCUCGUGCUUUCCUGAGCAGCGCCCGUCAGGCGUGCCUGUCGUCCAGUGGCAGCGUGCCUCCGGCCAUGCAGUGGCUCUGUCACCCACUGGGUCACCGCUUCUUUGUCGAUGGGGACUGGGCUAUUCGCAGCACUCCCAAAGAAAGCAUCUACAGCCAGGCUGGCAAUACAGUGGAUCCUCUGGCCCAGGUGACUCAGGCAUUCAGAGAGCACCUCUUGGAGAAGGCUCUGUACUGUGUGGCCCAGCCUCAGACGAGUCCCAGCCAGGGCGAGGGGGAGUACGCCGAUGCCCUGCAGUACCUCCAGCUGUUGAUUAGCGCAUCAGAUGCUGCUGGCGCCACAUCCCAGUCCUUUGCAAUCGGCUCCAACAUGGCUACUGUGACUGGCUGCGACCCGCACUCCAAGUGGUGGUCUUCGGUUGCUGUGGUUAUCAUCAACUGGCUCCAAGGAGAUGAUGCUGCCGCGGAGAGACUGUAUCCGACUGUGGAGCACCUGCCCCGCAGUCUGCAGAAUGCAGAGAGUCUUCUGCCCAAAGCGUGUCUGAACACAUUCAGGGCAGUGCGAGCUCUGCUGUCCAAGCCAGAAAACUGCCAACUGAGUCUGAGCUACAGCGACAAGGCCAGCGCUGUGCUCCGAGACAGCCUCAACCUAGGACCACACUGCCACAGCUCCAGCUUAGACAAGGUCAUCCAGUUGCUCCUGUGUGAUCUGCUGUUGGUGAUGAGGACCAACGUAUGGCGUCUGCAGCAACAAGGGGCCAGUCCCGCGGGGUCAGGGCCGGUGGGCACCAGUGGCCCAGCGGGGCCCCACCAGGCCUCUCCACCGGAGCUCCAGGGCUUUCAGCAAGAUCUCAGUUCCCUACGCAAGCUGGCGCACACCUUCAGACCUGCAAUGCGACGAUUGUUUCUCCAUGAAGCUACAGCCAGGCUGAUGGCGGGGGCCAGUCCCACCCGCACACAUCAGCUCCUGGAUCGCUCGCUGCGACGCAGAGCAACCCCUGGAGCCAAGACAGAGGAGUGCGAGACGCGACCUGGACAGCGGGAACAGGCGGAGGCCGUGAUGCUGGCGUGCCGCUACCUCCCUCCCUCCUUUCUGUCGGCUCCCGGCCAAAGGGUAGGCAUGCUGGCAGACGCAGCCCGCACCCUGGAGAAGCUGGGAGACAAGCGGACCCUCCACGACUGCCAGCAAAUGAUCAUCAAGCUGGGCAGUGGCACCACGGUCACCAACAGCUAGAGAGAAGGGAGAGGGGAGAGGGGAGGGGCAUGAGAGACAUGCACGGACACUGUAUAUAGAAACAAACAUGCUCCCACAGACACACAACCACACAGUCCCUGGCAUUUUUGGCGUGCAGCCACCGAACAGAUUUAUUAAACUAUACCGAUCCACAUCAACCUAACAGGAUAUUCUUCAUGGACUGCCUCUCCCACCGCCCCAACCCCACAUCAGAAGGCACUUACCGUGUUCACACUCUUGUUGCUCUGGAGUAUUAUCACAAUAUAGGAAGCAUUUUUCUCUCUUACCGAGCUGAAUCCCCACCCCCCCGCGAGAAAUUGAAUUGCAGUGCCACUGUUUUCCACAGAGAGGAGCCAUGAAGUCCUCCUGGUUGAUGGUGUGUCAAUGGUCUCCAUGUGUGUGAGUGAGUGAGCAUGCAUGCGUGCAUGUGUGUGUGUGGAGCGUGAAAGAGAUAUUUUCUCUGCAUUUGCUCGGUAUCGUCCCACCCCCAGUCUUUUUUCGACACAGAUGCAUCCUCUACAGACAGGAGUGCUCAGUGGGUUGGAGUGGCGGGCUGCUCUGAUUGGCUGCAGAGUGAGGUGUCGCUCGUGCGUGGGAGGAAAGUGGCCAAACUCGGAUUGGUCCAGCUGUGGGCUUGUACAGUGGGGGGCCGCUCUGCAGGUCGUCCAGAUAGUACUGAUCACGUUUCACUGGGGGGGGAUCUGAGGGGUCCCACUGUACAAGCUCUGUGUCUGUAUCUGCACUAGCCCUGAGAGGCUGAUUUCAUUAAGUAAUAAUAUGGCUUUAUGAGGUUAUUUUCAUAGAGGUCCAUGUUUUUGUUUUGCUGUGUACAUAUUUUAAAAUUGUAUUUAUAAUCUGUAAGAACUUUAAUUAAGCAGUAUUUUUGCAUAAGCAGAGUGAAAAAAUGCGUACAUUCUUCCCUCGAUUCUGUUUUAUUGGGAAGCGUUUGAUUAGAUCCAAAUAAUGCAGUUACUGUGCUGUGUUGCCAUGGUGACGAGUGUCAAAAUUUCGACAGUAUCAAGGUGAUAUUUGCGGCAUGUCGUCUGACUCAGUUGACCUUUUUGCACUGUUGCACACGCAGGCAACUGUGAUAUCAAAAGACAUUUGGCAGAAUCCAAUUCUGGCAUCGUAGAGCGACAACUCAAACUAUAACUUGAACCUUUUCCAGCAUAAUGACACAAUUUCAAAAUAAGAGACUGUUCUUUUCCAAAGAGGACCUGCAGUGCAUCUUUUCUUGUGUUUUUGUUUGUUUUGUUUGUAGCUUCAUCAUAAAGAGCAAUACAUGUUCUUCAGUCAUUAUAGUUUCAUGCUCCUAGAGAAACACUGUUUAUUACUUUUUAGACAACUGUAAAAAGGAAAAACUUUGGCAUGUGUUGUUUUAUUUUGUCCCUGGACCGGUUUGUUUUUUAUAGUGUGUCACUAAUGUGAAAGACUGGCAGACUUUGGUUUGAGAUGAAUGUAAAGCAACCACGUCUCAAGGUUCUGUUCACCGACAUCUUAUCAUCUCUCCCUUUUGUCUUUGGGUUCAUCAUUUAUUCUGAUGUAAAUAUUAAAACAUUUUGUAAAGAAGA